GUUCAUAUUUUUAUAAAACUCCCGUCAAAACCUUUCUGACGCGAUUUCCAAUGCAUUCUGUGUGGCGAGUUCCUGGAUGUGUUUCCGGCAAGAAUACGACGGCGGCAGCAGCUGACGAACCACCAGAUCCUCCCCUUGUUCCUCCAGACCCUCCUAACCCUUCAUCCCCACUCUCCCCUCAACACUUUCCAACCUUAUCUGAAGCAAAAACUACCCCCAAAUCCUCAACAAAAUACAGAUUUGGCUCUACUUCUAGAUCUGUAAUUGCCCCAUCUUCAGAGUUCAAAGGAGCUCAACCCUCUUCAACUGGAGCUUCAAAAGCUCGCACUAUUGUUCCUCCUUCUACUGAGGCAACAACCAAAGCCCCCCCGGUCACUGUAGUUUCAGCCCCACCAACUGAUUUGACUGUAUCCUCUGAUGAACAAAACCAUGGCCAAGCUCUAAAAAUAACCCCCCCAAAAGAUUCUUCUCCACUCCAAACAAACAAAUCCCUUUCCUUUCCCCCAAAACUAAACCCUAUCCCCUCUAUUCAGAAUCAAACCCGGAAAGACCCCACAAAAACCCUACCUGUAGGAGCCCCUAAACCUCUAACUGGUCAAUCUGCAUCUUUUCAAACCCAACCUCCUCCACCAACCUUGGUCGAGCGUAUCAGACUAUCUGAGGACAAAACUCUGAAACGGCUUGCUCCAGUCACCUUUGCUCCUUCGGGGAGGCCUAGAGUCCUCAUCCCUGAUUCAGUUUUCAAAAAAGGAGCUGAGUUACAUAAGGAUUUUAUCAUUUGCUACUUUAAUGGUAGAGCUCCUCCAUUCAAUCAGAUUCAAAGCGUUUUCAACCAUAUGUGGGGUAAAGGAAAGCGUUUGGAAAUUCAUAACAAUCCGCUCAACCAUUCAGCAAUUGUUAGAAUACAGAGUGAGUACCUGCGACAGAAGAUUUUGGAGAAAAACAUUUGGUAUGUGGGAGACUCAAUGUUUCACACUGCUCAGUGGUCUUCAGUUCACUCAAAAACCACUCCACAGCUAAAGGCGAUAAAGAUAUGGGCUCACCUUACGGGAGUUCCACUUGAUCUACGACAUGAUGAAGGUCUGAGCUUAGUGGCAGGUUUGGUCGGUGAGCCUAAGGAAACGGAUGACUUUACUAAGAACCUAGUAAGCCUUACACUGUCCCAUGUAAAGGUUGAAGUCGACUUAACCCAACCGUUACCUUCAGUUGUUGAAUUUGAAAGAGAAGAUGGAGAAGUAGUUGAAGUAUCAGUUCAUUACCCAUGGGUUCCUCCAACUUGUUCGCACUGCCAUGAGCUUGGCCAUAUAGUCAAAAACUGUCUUCUCUACCUCCCUCCUCAAGAGGACUCUGAUGCUGCAAAGAAAAAGAAAAUGGCAAAUCAGGAAAGCGUAAAGCAAAACAAGAAGUUCAGACCAGUUACUCAGUCUAAGGUACAAGCUUUGCAGAACCCGAGCCCUACAACAUUCCAAGAAGAAAGAGACCUGCACCAAAAGUGGAACUUUUUGCGAGAAAUUGAGGAGAUGUUCUUCAGGCAGAAGUCGAGAAUAAACUGGUUAAGAGAGGGAGAUUUAAACACCACUUACUUCUACAGGAUUUGUCAGACAAGGGCUUCCUAUAAUGCUAUAAGAGCAUUUCUCACUGAUGCGGGCAGAUGGAUAACAGACCCCCAAGAAAUGAGUACUCAUGCUAUAAGCCACUUUCAAGCAGUCCUUGGUCAUCAAUCGCCUACUCUCUUCACACCUCCACAUUGGUUCCAUGACCUUUCUUCAUACUCGUUCCCCUCACACCUGAGCCAAAUCAUGAUAACAAUUCCGUCUAGUGAGGAGAUCAGGUCGAUGUUCUUUAAGCUGAAUCCUAAUAAAGCCCCCGGCCCGGAUGGACUAACCUCAGCGUUCUUCAAGUCAUCGUGGGAGAUCAUAGGAGUGGAGGUUAUAGCUGCUGUAAAAAACUUCUUCGCCACCAACUUUCUCCCAGCUACAGCAAACGCAACGAUACUCUCCUUGGUGCCAAAAUUCCCUGGAGCAUCAAAGAUAAGUGAUUUUAGACUCAUCUCCUGCCUCAAUACAGUGUAUAAAGUCGUGUCUAGACUACUUGUCAAGAGACUCAAGCCUCUACUGCCCACGCUUAUCUUGCCAAGCCAAACGGCUUUUGUGAAUGGUCGACUGUUGGUUGAGAACACAACUCUAGCUGGUGAACUUGUAAAUGGAUAUCAUAAAAACAAGGGAGCUAAAAAGAUCACCAUAAAAGUAGACAUAGCUAAGGCUUUCGAUACACUCUCUUGGGACUUCUUGUUCUCAUGCCUUGAAGGACUUCAAUUCCCAGCAAAGUUCAUCAGACAGCUCAAGGCUUGUGUAUGUACAUCAAGCUUCAUGGUUGGUUACAAUGGAUCGGUGCAUGGAUUUUUUAAAGGAAAAAGAGGCCUCCGGCAGGGUGAUUCACUCUCCCCUUACCUAUUCGUUAUCGCGAUGAACUGUCUCUCUCAUAUGCUGAACGAUGCUGCGCGCCAGAAUAGAUUCAGAUACCACACCAACUGCUCUCCCACAAAACUCACUCAUCUAUCGUUUGCUGACGAUCUUCUCAUCUUCAUAGACGGCUCCAUCAACUCUGUGCAGCAAGUCCUGCAAGUGUUAAAAGAGUUUGAAAAAAGGUCUGUUUUGGCGGUGAGUAUGCAAAAGACUAGCUUCUAUGCUUCAGGAAUGACUGUGGAGGAAACAGACCUCAUUCAAGCCUCCACUGGGAUGAGUCUUGGCUCUCUUCCUGUUCGUUAUCUGGGUGUCCCAUUGAAUUCCAAGAAGCUGUCUCUUGUCAACUGUGAGCCAUUGAUCCAUCAAAUCAAAACUCGGUUCUCCUCUUGGUCGGUAAAGUCACUCUCUUUCUCUGGGAGGUUACUUCUUAUAAAAACUGUCAUUGCAGGAAUAACAACUUUCUGGUGCUCGGCAUUUGUCCUUCCGAAGGCAUGUAUCAACCGCAUCAAUUCUUUGUGUAGUAUAUUCCUGUGGAAAGGAAACAUAGAAGGUCACCAUUCAGCUCGCGUCUCUUGGGAAACUGUGGUCUUGACAAAAAGACAAGGAGGUCUUGGAGUCAAGGACUUACUUACUUGGAAUAGAGCGUGCACCUUGCGUCUCUUAUGGCUCCUCUUCUUUCGACCAGAGUCCGUAUGGGUGCAGUGGUUCAAAGAGGUGAUACUCAAAGGCUCUGUGCAUAACUACUGGUCAACGUCACCGAAGCAAUCUUACUCGUGGCUGGUAAAUAAGUUGUUGAAGCUUAAGACAGUGGUCUUUCCCUUGAUCAAGCUACGGCUAGAGAAUGGAGAAACAGCAAGAUUCUGGACUGAUAAUUGGACUCCUUUUGGAGAUCUCCACACUUUCUUAUCGGGGUAUAAUUCGAGACUGGGGAUUCACCAGCAAGCCACAGUCUCAUCAUUAUACUCUGAGGGAUCAUGGCAACUCCCGCCUGCAAGAUCAGAGGCUCAACUUCAACUGUAUGCGUAUCUAACGACAGUGCAGUUGACAGAGAAUCAAGACUACUAUGAAUGGGAAGUCAAUGCUCAGGUACUAAAACGCUAUAAAACAGGAGUUCUGUACGAUUACCUCACUGAACCGAAACCAGAUGUGGCUUGGCAUAAGGCGAUAUGGAUCUCUAGAGCUAUUCCUCGUCACAGCUUCCAUGCCUGGCUUGUAAUUCAGAACAGACUACCGACAAGAGACAGACUGAUCAGCUGGGGGCUCCAAACUGUGGAUCGUUGUCUUCUCUGCAAUUUGAAUCCAGAAUCUAGGGAUCAUCUUUUCCUUUCUUGCAAUUACAGUACUGACUUGUGGAAUAUUAUAGCUACGAGACUGCAGAUAAGGUUUGUCACGACGUGGCAAGACACACUGGAUCAGAUGCUGUCGCUUCCAUCACCAGUUUAUCAGAGAAACCUCACUCUUCAAGCUUGGCAAUCGACUCUUUACUGGCUAUGGGCGGAGCGUAAUGCACGUCUUCAUUCAAACACCUUCAGGUCAGUGGACCAGCUCUUCAAAUUGAUAGACAGGCAGCUUAGGAAUAAGCUCCAAAGCUUUAGAGAAGAAAACCCAGCUCGAUCGUCGUUCAUGAUGCAGAGCUGGUUACGUUUCUCGUGAUCACCGUCUCCUUCCUUCUCUCCCCACACAUACCAACUCUUCCCCGUCACUACCUCAUGGGCUUCUAUGGGUUUAUCACACUAAGGAAAUUGGGCCAACUUGUUUGUUAUGUGUUUUAAGAUUAAGCAGAAACUAGAGCUUAAGAGCUUUUGUAAAACUUUUUAUUUUUAAUUUAAAUUAAGCAAGCAGUUUACAAAAAAAAAAAAAAAA